CACAAAGUGUGCCUCUGUUUUCCUAGUGACAGACCUGCUGCAGAGCUGUCCUUAUGCUUAAAGGCAAGCUGUCUGGACUGUCAGAGUAAACACAGGCCAUGGACAAUCAAACCUCUACAGAGAAUGAGAAAGGCGUGGCAGCCACUAAGGACCCACACACGGAGCACGUAUCUGUUGAGGAUGCCAACAGCAGCCACUCUGACUCUGACACAGAAAUAAAUGAGAGUAAGCCAGAUCCCAUCAUCCAGACAGACCAGGCAGUGAUGGACGACCUGGGGCGGAUUUUUGAGCACUGCAUCCAGCAGGUGUCUCAUCUGGAGACACAGAGGAACGAGCUGAUCCAGGAGCUCCUCCGCCUGCAGGAGCCCAUGCUGCGGGUGGUGGAGCACCUGAGGGGGAAGCUGGAGGAGACACGGCGCCUGCUCACCCUGGCUCAGCUGGAUUACAUCGCCGUUUAUGAGGAGGUGCAGCAGGUGAAAAAGAAACUGUUCGCCACAGCCAGAGACUGCAUCCAGAGCCAGGUGACGCUGGCUGCACACGAGUAUGAGGUGGCUCAGUCUGCAGUCACACAGGAGGAACUUCAUGCCCACAUCCAGAAUCUAACCCAGGAGCUGUCCCAGCUCCAGCAGUCCUACCAGAACCAGCUGAACUCCCUGAAGGACCAGUCGACCCGCGCCUUCAGGCCCCGAGCCAUGAGCGACGUCAGCCAGUGCCGACAGGCUUCUGUCCGGCUGCAGCGGCGGCUCAGCGGCAGCAUCAAGGCGCUGGAGGGCUGGUACGAGCCGAGGAUGAUGGCCCUGCUGAGGAGGAGGCAGAUCGGUGAAGACGCUUUGAGAAAGAGCAGGGAGCAGGCGGUGGACCUGAGGGCCAGACUGGGGCCCUUAAAAGAGGACUUACAGAAACUGGAGGUGCAGAGAGUGUGUCUAGAGCAGAGGAUCAGCCUGAUGGAGAGGGAGAGGGAGGAGAACAACAAACAUCACAGGGAGACUAUAGAGAAUUUAAAAGAAACUCUGAGAGGACUGCAAGUAGAGUUUGAGGUUCAAAGAAAAUCAAAAGAAGAUUUGGAGGGUCUUAGAGACGACCUCUUAACAGAGCUGACGUUUCUGAGCGGUGAAGAAGUGAGUGGAAACACUGCAGAGGAGGGUCCAUUACUUCCAACAGAUGCUCUUCAAAAGACUGAACCACGGCACUGAAGUUCCAUUUGUUCUCAGAAAUUGAUAAGAUGUUGACCUGUAAUAGC